AUGUCGACGUGGCUCACCUGGGCCGCCUUCCCCGUCCUCGCCGCCGCGCUGUGGAUGUACACGCUACAAAUGAGCCGCUCGAUGCCGACGCUCGAGGGCAAGCGCAUCGCGCUGCUGAUCGCGCACCCGGACGACGAGGCCAUGUUCUUCGCGCCCACGCUCCAGGCCCUGACGCGCCCGGAGCUGGGCAACCACGUCAAGAUACUGUGCCUGUCGAGCGGGGACGCCGACGGCCUGGGCGAGACGCGCAAGCAGGAGCUGCUGAAGAGCGGCAUGCUGCUCGGCCUGCGCAGCGAGGACGACAUGCUCGUCAUCGAAGACAGCAAAUUCCCCGACUCCAUGACAGCCACCUGGCCCGCGAAAGACGUCUCCGCCCUCCUCGCCAAAGCCUUCGCGCCCGACAUGGGCGCCACGCCCGCCACGCGCGCCCCCGACGCCACCAUCGACGCCAUCGUCACCUUCGACGCGGGCGGCGUGUCCGGCCACCCCAACCACCGCUCGCUCUACCACGGCGCGCACGCCUUCCUCCGGCACCUCAUGCAGCGGCACGCCGGGUGGGACUGCCCCGUCAAGCUGUACACGCUGACGACGGUGAACGUGGCGCGCAAGUAUGCGAGCGUGCUGGAUGCGCCGGCGACGGUGCUGCGGGUGCUGUGGGAGCGGGGGAGGAUGGGCGGGAUGGGGAAGAAAGGGGAGAAGGGGAGUGCGAGUUUUCCGUCGCCGUUGAUGUUUGUGAGUGGGGUGGGGGAGGUGCGGAACGCGCAGGGGGCCAUGGUGAAGGCGCAUAAGAGCCAGAUGGUGUGGUUUCGGUGGGGGUGGAUCGGGAUCGGGCGGUAUAUGGUUAUCAAUGAUUUGAGGAGGGAAAAGGUGGGUUGA